AGAGAUAUUCAAAACUUAGGAAAAUAGUCCUCUGCUUACUCCAAGUAUUCAUUCCACUGAAAUUCUGAAGGAUCCAGGCGAGAAAAUCCUGGCUUCUAUCUUCCUUGUUCCCAUCUCUUGCAGCUAAAAAUCCAUUCCUGUUUGAAAUAUAACCCAGAUCUCCCAGGGCACAACUGAAGCUGAAGAGGGAAUACAACAAUGGAGUUUUUAGGGAUUGAUUUCAGCUGCGCAUUCGGAUCUCUCCUCAAUGGCAAGUUCCCUGACAAGGAUUGUUUGCUUCCUCUCAUAUCUAAACUUCUCGGCUAUUGCAUAGUCGCCGCCUCCACCACCGUCAAAGUCCCUCAGAUAAUGAAAAUUUUAAGGCACAGAAGUGUUAGAGGGCUUAGUGUUGUCGCCUUUGAGCUUGAAGCUGUAGGUUAUACUAUAGCUCUCGCAUAUUGUCUCCACAAAGGCCUUCCCUUUUCGGCUUAUGGAGAAUUGGCGUUCCUUUUGAUUCAAGCUAUAAUUUUGGUUGCUAUUAUCUACUACUUCUCACAACCUGUGCCUACGGUGACAUGGAUCAGGCCAUUACUAUAUUGUGCUGUAGCGCCAACUAUUUUAGGUGGUCAAAUUGAUCCCAUUCUUUUUGAAGCUCUGUAUGCAUCCCAGCAUGCAGUCUUUCUUUUUGCUAGGAUACCUCAGAUAUGGAAAAAUUUUUCUAAUAAAAGCACAGGGGAGCUCAGCUUCUUAACAUGUUUUCUGAAUUUUGCGGGUUCUUUGGUGAGAGUUUUUACUAGCAUGCAAGAAAAAGCACCAAGUAGUGUUGUUUUGGGCUCCACCAUUGGUGUCAUCACCAAUGGUACCAUCCUGAGUCAGAUCCUUUUAUACCAAAAGCAGGAAGCCAAAAAAGAGAAGAAAGAAAUGUGAAAGGAGAUCAGAGAAUAGCAAGCUUUGGCAUUUGAAGUUGAUUAUACUCUCUCCAUAAAACAGUUCAAAAGUAGUGAGUUUAGGUUUAUACUGGCCAGAUUGCUUUAGUCAUGGCUGCAUAAACAAGAUUUUAUUUUUAAUUUAUCAACAGUACUCAAGAAUGUUCUCUCUUCUUCUUCUUUUUCUCUCUCUCUCUCUUUUUUUUUUUGCCAGAUCGCCUGGAUUGGUUAUUAUUGUAUCUUGACUUGAGAUUCCAUCGAGUGGAACGCCUUUUAAGCAUAGCUUAGAUAACAUUGUUUUUUAUCUUUUUUUGGUU